AUGUCGCCUUCAGCCACAAUCCCUGACACCACCCCUUCGAACACUCGCGCCACCGCUCCGGUUAAGCGCACCACCAACACUUGUUCCGUCGAAAGCGUCUUUGCUGCGCUCGACCUCCCCCCUCCAGGCUCGCGCAUCUGCGGUCUAUUCGACGGAACCUGGCAUCAUGGCUCAUCCACCACCACGCCUCUCACCUCAACCAACCCUGCGACUGGCGAAACGCUAGCCACGGUCUCGUGUGCCACUCCCUCCGAGGUUUCUUCCGUCCUCGCUGCUGCUUACUCGGCACAGCGUGUUUUCGCCAAACUACCUGCUCCGGCUAGGGGUGCGGUUAUGAAAGAUAUCUGCUCGGCCUAUGUCGAGCACAAAGAUGCCCUUGGAGCGCUCGUUUCUUUGGAAAUGGGCAAAGUACUGAGUGAAGGGAAAGGCGAGGUGCAGGAGGUGAUCGAUGUAGCAGACAUGGCUGUCGGUCUUUCCAGGAGUAUCAAAGGCAAUGUUUUGCCGAGUGAAAGACCAGGACAUGUGAUUUACGAACUACCCAACCCAUUGGGGUUGGUGGCCGUCAUUACGGCGUUUAACUUCCCAGUUGCAGUGCAUGGAUGGAAUUUCUGCUUGAGCUUUGUUGCUGGUAAUGCUACUAUCUGGAAGCCUUCCCCCACGACACCCCUCACCGCUAUCGCUACGACCAAACUUCUGGUAAAGGUGCUCGAAAAGCACGGCUUGCCAACUGCGCUUGCUGCUUUGGUGUGUGGAGAUGUCGAAACAGGACAAGCUCUCACGCAGGAUGACCGGGUUCAGCUUACCAGCUUUACUGGUUCCGAGGCAAUUGGAAAGGUAGUUGCCAAAGACGUCGCUGGUCGUUUGGGCAAGAUCUUGCUCGAGCUAGGUGGAAACAACGCUGCGAUUGUAUUGGACGAUGCAGACCUAGACCUAGCAGUACCAGCAGUUGCAUUUGCUGCAGUCGGAACUGCUGGUCAACGUUGCACCACCACCCGCCGUCUCCUACUGCAGCGAGGCAUUGCUGAUGCAUUCCUAGCUAAACUCGUCAAGUUCUACGAGUCUCUCCAAUCCAAAAACCUAAUCGGAGACCCUACCGACCCUUCCAUCCUUUGCGGCCCACUACACUCGCCCCGAGCAGUCUCCAAAUACUGGGAAACUCUCGACACAAUUCGCUCUUCAGGUGGAAAGAUCCUCUUUGGGCCUUCCUCACCCUCCUGCCCAGGCCUGCACCCAACGCUUAGCAACUCAAAAGGAAACUUUGUCCUCCCUGCAAUAACCCUGCCCACCAACUGCAACGACCGCGUAUUCACAGAAGAAGUCUUUGCUCCAAUCCUAAACGUAGCUCUUUUCUCCACGCUCGAGGAAGCUGUACAACUAAACAACUCCGUUCGACAAGGUCUAAGCAGCAGUCUCUUCACAAAAGAUCUAAAAAACGUCGGAGAGUGGCAAGGCGCACUUGGAAGCGACUGCGGCAUUGUAAAUGUCAACGUUAGUACCAGUGGUGCAGAAGUAGGCGCCGCUUUCGGAGGUAACAAAGCAACUGGCUGGGGUAGAGAGUGUGGUGGUGAUGCUUGGAAACAGUAUUCUAGGUGGUCUACUAGUACCGUUAAUUACUCGGGCCUCGUCGCGCUAGCUCAGGGGGUCAAGUUCGAUGCUUGA